GGGAGAGAAGCCGCCGGUCGGGGUCCCGGAGGACCUCGCUGCCCAGCGGUUUCCUGCCCUGCGGUGUGGCCUGCGUUCGGGAGCGUCCGUGGCCACUCAGGCCUGCAGAGACAAUCGUGAGGACCGUUUCAGAUCCUACUUGCCGUCAUGGAUGCUCUGUCGGAGGCAAAUGGCACUUUUGCCUUAACCCUCCUGAAAAAGCUGGGUGAGGACAACUCCAAAAAUGUGUUUUUCUCACCCAUGAGCCUCUCCUCCACGCUGGCCAUGGUCUUUAUGGGGGCAGCAGGCAACACCGCAACUCAGAUGUCCCAGGCACUUUCUCUAAACAAAAGCAGCAGCAAAGGUAGAGAUGUCCACCAGGGUUUCCAGAACCUUCUCACCGAAGUCAACAGGACUGGCACACAGUACUUGCUCAGAACCGCCAACAGACUCUUCGGAGAGAAGUCUUACGGUUUCCUCCCAUCUUUCAAAGAUUCCUGCCGCAAAUUCUACGAAGCGGAGAUGGAAGAGCUGGACUUUGUCAACACGACAGAGGAGUCCCGGAAACACAUAAACACCUGGGUAGCCCAGAAGACAGAAGGUAAAAUUACAGACUUGCUGUCUCCCGAUUCAGUCGACUCCAUGACUCGUCUAGUUCUCGUGAACGCCAUCUACUUCAAAGGAAACUGGGAUAAUCGGUUUAACAAAGAGCACACCAAGGAAAGGCCGUUUAAAGUCAGCAAGAAUGUGACGAAACCUGUGCAAAUGAUGUUUAAGAAGUCUACCUUUAAAAUUACCUACAUAGGAGAAAUAUUCACCCAAAUUCUGGUGCUUCCCUAUGUCGGCAAAGAGCUGAACAUGAUCAUCAUGCUGCCGGAUGAAAACACCGAUCUGAAAACGGUGGAAAAGGAACUCACUUACGAGAGGUUCGUCGAGUGGACGAGGCCGGACAUGAUGGAUGACGAGGAGGUGGAGGUCUUCCUCCCCAGGUUUAAGCUGGAGGAGGACUACGACAUGGAGGGCGUCCUUCGCACACUUGGCAUGACGGACGCCUUCGAGGAGGCCAGGGCAGACUUCUCCGGAAUGUCACCCCAGAGAGACCUGUACCUGUCCAAGGUCGUGCACAAGUCUUUUGUGGAGGUCAACGAGGAGGGCACGGAGGCAGCGGCUGCCACCGCCGCCAUCAUGAUGAUGCGCUGUGUCAGAAUCACCCCCCGGUUCUGUGCCGACCACCCUUUCCUUUUCUUUAUCCAGCACAGCAAAACCGGCGGGGUUCUGUUCUGUGGCCGGUUCUGCUCCCCGUAAGGAAGUGCUGGGCUCUGCUGGCAGCCCCUCUAUCUCCCACCGACCUUUUCCUUGACACUCUGAUGUGUCUGUAACCCAAAGUGACCUUUGGCGACAGUCCAAAAAUAAAGGGCCUGAUCGUGAAA